CAAACUUGAUUUACGUGGCUAUUGAAGACGAACAAAGAGCUAUCUGCGGCAUAGCCUGGGCUGAUGCAGGAUAUCUCACCAUCGAUGAGCGCAAGAAGGGCUUCUUGAAAGGCACUCGAGGAUCUCUUCGACGAGCUUGACGUUUGGUCGGCUGGCCGCUUCCCUGAGUCAAGUCCGAAACAUUUCUAUCUUCUUACUGCCAACUCCGGUGCGGGGAAGAGUGCAAUUGCUCACCAGCUCUGCAUGCGUGUCGCUGAUCCCAAAUUGCCGUUCUCCGGUGCUACCCUCGGUGCGUCGUUCUUCUUCGUUCGUGGUGACGAACACAAGGGAUCGGCUCGACUACUGUUCCCCACCCUUGCACGCCAAUUCGCCUCACUCCCCUCUCUUCGUUCUCACAUCGCCGACGGUGCCCAAGAAUACAUCAAGCAAGGCGGUCGCCAGCAGGCCAAGUAUAUCUUCGAGCAGCUCCUUCACCAGCCUCUCACCAAGGCUUCCAUAUCCCCCCCGGCAUGGGUCUUGCUUGUCCUGGAUGCGCUGGAUGAGUGUGCAUAACAUGAAGAGUUGUCUAAUUCAUUUGAACUCCUCGUCGACUUGGUUCGCACAGUGCCCUGGCUAUAUAUCUUCGCCGCGUCACGACCAGAACCUUAUAUUAAGACAAUACUCACCUCUCCGAAGGUCGCCGAUGUUGCACACGUAUUGGAUUUCAACAGCACGCUUAAGCCUUGGGCUAGCGAUGUCGUACUCUACAUAGUGGAUGCGAUGGUCGACAUGCCGUCGUACCGAGAUAAUUUGCGCAAGGACUCUGACAUUCUGAUAGACCUCGUUGAGCGCGCCGGAGGACUGUUUGUUUCUGCCCGUACUAUUGUGGACGUCUUGCAGAGCCACCCAGAUGAUCCGAAGGGGGCGUUCGCCAUUGUACUUUCAUCGACAGGAGCAGAGAGGAGCACUACUAUCACGUGUAGGUGAGGGCCGGCUGGUGCCCGCUGGUUUACAUUAAUAUUGUAAUUAGGGGUGAAGUAAUAGUACAGUAAUCAGGACAAGAGACGGCUUCGCUCCG